AUGGCUGGGAGAAUGGCGCAGGGAAGGCGGAAGGGGCCGUCGCGAUUUGGGUUGUUUUGUUUUAGUGAUACUGUUCACCAUCUAUUCGGAGCAUCAGUUGUUAUCACCGGCCAUAAUUUCCAGCAAACUCACAACAAUGAAAUGGCAGAGGCUGUGACGAAAGAUUUUGGAAGGAUUGACAUCUUUGUGCAUUCUCUUGCCAAUGGACCAGAGGUAACGAAGCCACUCUUGGAGACAUCUAGAAGAGGGUAUCUUGCUACAAUUUCAGCUUCGAGUUACUCUUUUGUCUCCCUGCUUCGACACUUUCUUCCAAUAAUGAAUCCAGGCGGUGCUUCAAUAUCUUUGACAUACAUAGCUUCCGAAAGGGCAAUCCCAGGAUACGAAGGUGGAAUGAGCUCAGCAAAUGCUGCAUUGGAGAGCGAUACAAAAGUGCUAGCUUUUGAACUGCACUUGCUUGCCAUAAAGCAUCAGUUCCUGAGAUGUUAA